GGUUCUUCGCAAGAAUAGGGUUGCUCUGUUUUUUUUUUUGUGCUAAGAAUCGAUGGCGUCGUAUCACGGUAACCCUCACUCAGAACCUGCAAAGAUGGAGCAGAUUAUCACAGAAUUUUUUGCUAAAAGCCUUCACAUAAUACUUGAAUCCCGUUCCCCCUAUGUUUCAUCGCGCAAUUACAGCGGCGAGCAGGUUUUAUCAUCUCCAUCUCCAUCUCCGUCUUCUUCUUCCUCCUCCUCUUCGAGUUUUAGGCCGAGGGAUAAAUGGUUUAAUCUAGCACUUAGGGAUUGCCCUGCUGCUUUAGAGAACAUAGACUUUUGGCGCCAGAGUAACCUUGAACCCAUGAUUGUUGAUGUCAUCUUAGUGCAAACCCCUUUGAAUUUCUCCCCCAAACGAGGUCCCGCACGCAAUUCGUCAUCCGGUAAAGACCGCCAUUUUUAUGGCUCGGAUACGGACGAAUUCGGGAGCGAGGCCAAGAGCGAGAAGAUUAUCGAGAGGUGGAUUUUGCAGUACGAGAGUAAGAAAAGUGCGGGCGGCGGUUCUUCUACGUCGUCUUCGUCUGGGAGUAGUAGUAAAAGGUCUGGUAAUACUAGCUCUCAUGCGCUGUACAAGAAGUCCAUAUUGCUGUUGAGGUCUUUGUACGCCACGAUUAGGCUCUUGCCCGCUUAUAAACUGUUUCGUGAUCUCAUUUCGUCUGCCCAGAUUCGAUUGUACAAUCUUGGCCACAGGGUUUCGUCUUUCGUCGAGCCGUUCACGCGUCGAGAAGAGGCUGAUAUGCAAAAAUUCGUUUUUACUCCGGUUGAGACUUCUUGCGGUAGGCUUUGCCUCUCUGUGUUGUACCGUUCGUCGGUGUUGGACUUGAGCUCCGAGCCUUCAACACCUAUAUCACCUCAGUUCAUUCAAGAAUACGUAGGCAGUCCAAUGGCGGAGCCACUGAAAAGAUUCCCAUCGGGUCCUAUAUCACAAAGCUCCCCUUCGUCAUCAUCUCCAUUUGGUAGGCGCCAUAGUUGGAGUUACGACAUUUACAGAGAAUCGCCGUCUUCGGCGAACCCUUCACCUUCACCGACGUAUUCCGAAGCUCCAAUUCACCGCCUUCCCCCAUCAAGCUUGCCUCGUCAUUUACACGAUGAUACAUCUUCUGUUGUGGCUCAUGUGAAAAACCCGAGUUACGAUGAGUAUUGGCCUUCACCUAUGUUUUCACCGUCUCCAUCUCCAUCACCGCCCACAAAUGUGACCGGCGUUAGUCAUAUGCCUAAAGCUAUUUUACGGUAUUCUAGCAUGCCUUCACUGCCGAACAAGCAACCGAGAUUUGAUCAACUAACUGUUCCAAAGGAAGUAGUUGCACACUCUGGACUUCAUCACAGGUUGUUCACUUUGAGCAAGGAUGAACCAGGAAACAUGCUGGGGGUGAAACCGUCAUCAAAUAGUUCGCUGUCAUUUCAGGAUGAUUCUGAGUUUUCGGGAGCAUUUGUUUUAGAUGAUGAAGAUGAUACGACAGAUCCAGGUUCCAGACAAGGUUCAUUUGAUCUAGCAUGCGGACCCCACACGAGUUUUCCCGUUAAAAAAUCACAAGAUGCUGCAGUUGGUGCCCUUGUUCACAUGCUGAAGAAAGCAACACCUCUUCACCAAGAAAUCUCUGUUGUUCAUCACAUGCAAGAAGAUACUACUGCUACUACUAGUUCAAAUCUUGCACUGUCGAAAACAACUGCAGAUGCAUUUGAGGAGCUCCGUUUGUAUAGAGAAAUGAAAGACUCGCUGCUCAAGCAAGGUAAGAAGAAUAUUCCUCAGGCAUAAACGAGGAGGGCUUGCUUACUAUAAACUUGAACGAGAUUUGUGUAGCAUUCGUUUGCAGUGCUGAGAGAGUGCUUUUUUAAGUAUUGCUCUAAGAGUUUUAGUGAUAUCGGCCUGUUUCUUUCUGUGUAUAUUUUGAGCAUAUAUACUUUUUUUAUGAUUUUGAAAUGAGGCCUGUUUAAUAUCUAAUCUAAUUCACGUAAUGUGUAUAGAACCUUCUUUUUCUUUUUCUUUUUCUUUUUUUGGGGGGGAUUGGUGGAGGUAUGAGUGUGCACUAUUGCAUGUAUAAAGUUGUAUAUAUUUACACAAUUACAUUAAAUAUUGAGCCCAAUAUUUGCUUCAUGACAUCUAUUUUCGUGGAGUGCUUG